UGUGUUUGGACAGUUCGCCUGUUUGUUCAUUGGGGACUGGACGAAGACAAAGUCAGAUGCACGCCAUUUCACACAGAGACAGACCCAGAGACCAGAAUUGCCAUGACGACUGAAUACCAUGACAAUGUGGACGAAGAAAUGAGCAAUUUCUGGAACAAAGAGCCUCGUACUGUCGAUUUCUCCAGGUUCUCCAGGUACAGACGAUGGCUCUUUCCUGCUCUGACGGCUACACUCCUCGUGAUUCUGAUCAUAGCUCUGGGAGCCAGCAACACAUCGACAUGGGGCCGGUUGUGGUCUGCAGAGAAUAGUAUUUCUAAUCUGACUGAAUCACUGAGGGACACACAGCAGCUCACCAAAGAUACAGCAAAAGAAGUUUUGUCAAUGAAGUUUGCAGUGGAGAACAACAAGGACCAGCUGGCAUCAGUAUCAGAGGCACUGAGGCAGCUCUCAGCUCUGGACGCUCUCCGCAGGACGGUCACCGAACUCAAAUGUUCUUUUGAACGCUUGGUCAACAAUGGCACAACAGCACACGGCUGUUGUCCUCUGAAUUGGGAUUCUUUCGGCACCAACUGCUACUUAUUCAGUACCACGCCAUUAUCGUGGCACGAUGCCAGAGACUGGUGUAAUGGACACGAAUCUCACUUGGUCAUUCUUCUCACUGACGAGGAGUGGGAUUUUGUGAUCCAGCGUAGCAUGGGCACCCUCCGCUGGGUGGGCCUGACUGACGAGAGGACUGGGCAGUGGGAGUGGGUCAACCAGACACCCUACAUCAUGAACCGGAGGCGGUGGUUCCCUGGGCAGCCCGACAACUGGGCCCAUCAUGGUCUAGGACCUGGGAAUGAAGACUGUGCUAUCCUUCACAAUGAUGGACGCAUGAACGACCAGCACUGCUCCAUCAAAGAACGCUUCAUCUGUCAGAAAGACAACCUGAGAGGCUGAACACACCUGCAGGCCUGAUGCCACUCACUUCAGAAUAAAAGGAACCUCUCCAAUUAAAGCACUGUGUAGAAAAACAAUGAGAACUUCUAAUACAAUCAGGAAAUUCCACUCUGUGGACUUGCUCUUUAAUGUAGAGUUCUUUCAAAAUAUUCCAGAAUUAAUAAAUGCAACAUAGCCUAUUUAGAAACAGUCCACGCAUCCUAUACAAACACACUUCA